UUCCCCAGAGGUGAAAGUAUUGAGCAAAGCCAUGGCCCUUGUCCUUCUCCCUCCCAUGGCUCACCAGGCAUCUGUGACAUUCGGAGAUGUGGCUGUGGUCUUCACCCCAGAGGAGUGGGGGCACCUGUGCCCUUCCCAGAAGGAGCUGUACAGGGACGUGAUGCUGGAGAACUACCGGAACCUGGUCCAUCUGGGACUUACAGCCUCCAAACCAGAUGUGAUUUACCAGCUGGAGCAAGUGAAAGGCCCUUGGGUGCCUGAGGGAGACAUCCCAGCAACCAGCUGUCCAGAUUUUGAAACUAGACCUGAAACCACGCAGUUCUUUCCAGAACUGGGCCUUUCUAUGGAAGUAUCAUCCCAUGAGAAAUUUCUAACAGAUGAUCCUGGUGUCUCCCCAUUGGGAGAAGACUUGGAAUGUGGUACCUGGUUAGAGAGGCAGUGGAGCAAUGAAGGAGAGGAGCUUUGUGAAUAUAACGACUGUGAAAAGGUCUUCUAUGGGCAUAUAAGACUUAUUGAACAUCAGAAGAUUCCCACCACAGAGACUUAUGAAUGUAAGCAUUGUGGGAAAGCCUUUCAUCAGAGGUCAGGACUUAGAGACCAUCAGAGAAUUCAUACUGGAGAAAAGCCUUAUGUGUGUACUCAGUGUGGGAAAUCCUUCAGCUGCAAGUCCACCCUGACUUCCCAUUAUCGACUUCAUAUUGGCAAGAGACCUUAUGAAUGUAACGUUUGUGAGAAGGCCUUCCAUCAAAGGUCAGGACUUACUGAACAUCAGAGAAUUCAUACAGGAGAGAAGCCUUAUGAGUGUAAAGAAUGUGGGAAGGCUUUCCGACAAAACGUACAUCUUACUGGUCAUUUGAAAAUUCACUCUCAAGAGAAGCCUUAUGCCUGUACUAAAUGUGGGAAAUCCUUCAGUCGCAAAUCAACCCUCACUUGCCAUUAUAAAGUUCAUAUUGAUGACAGACCUUAUGAAUGUAAAGAAUGUGGAAAGGCCUUUCAUCAGAGGUCAGGACUUGCUGAACAUCAGAAAAUUCACACAGGAGAGAAGCCUUAUGAAUGUAAGGAAUGUGGGAAGGUCUUCCGACAGCAUGUACACCUAACUUCCCAUCAGAAAAUUCACAUUAGAGAGGAUGCUUUUGUAUGUACUAUAUGUGGGAAGUUCUUCUCCUGUAAGUCAACCCUGACUUCCCAUUACAAAAUUCACUCUCGUGACAGACCUUAUCAAUGUAAUGAAUGUAAGAAGGCUUUCCACCACAGAGCAGACCUUAUUAGACAUCAGAGGAUUCAUACUGGAGAGAAGCCUUUUGAAUGUAAGGAAUGUAGGAAAGCCUUCCAUCAGAUUACACAGCUUACUCGACAUGAAAGGAUUCAUACUGGAGAAAAGCCUUUUGGAUGUACCAAAUGUGGCAAAUUUUUCAACUGCAACUCCUACCUCAUUUCCCAUUAUAGGAUUCAUAUUGAUGACAGACCUUAUGAGUGCAAAGAAUGUGGAAAGGCCUUUCGCCGGAGCACACAGCUUACUCGACAUCAGAGAAUUCACACUGGAGAAAAGCCUUUUGAAUGUAAUGAAUGUGGGAAGGCCUUCUAUCGGAGGUCAGGACUUACUGGACAUCAGAAAAUUCAUACUCGAGAGAAACCUUACAGAAUGUAAACAAUGUGUUAAUGCCUUCUGCCAGAAGGUGGGAUUUAUUUGACUUCUAAAAAUUCAUACUAGAUAUUAUGGACACACCUCAUGUAUGUAAAGUUUGUGGGAAAGCCUUUCUCAAGAGCAAGUAGUUUACCCAACACCAAAGGAUCACACUGGAAAGAAGCCUUGUGAAUGCAGAGUCUUAGGAUGUAGUAUGUAUAAGGAGUUGAGUUGGACCAUACUCUUCGCUGAAAAAAUUUGAAUUAAAACUA